AUGUGUCCCAACCUCUAUCUAUACACAGUAUCCUUCAAUGUAAAGACAACGUGUCCCGGCCUCUAUCUAUACACAGUAUCCUUCAAUGUAAAGACAACGUGUCCCGGCCUCUAUCUAUACACAGUAUCCUUCAAUGUAAAGACAACGUGUCCUGAUCUCUAUCUAUACACAGUAUCCUUCAAUGUAAAGACAACGUGUCCUGAUCUCUAUCUAUACACAGUAUCCUUCAAUGUACAGACAACGUGUCCCGGUCUCUAUGUAUACACAGUAUCCUUCAAUGUAAAAAAACAUGUCCAACCUCUAUCUAUACACAGUAUCCUUAAAUGUACAGAUAACAUGUCCCGGCCUCUAUCUAUACACAGUGUCCUUCAAUGUAAAGACAACUUGUUCCGACCUCUAUCUCUACACAGUAUCCUUCAAUGUAAAGACAACGUGUCACAGCCUCUAUCUCUACACAGUGUCCUUCAAUGUAAAAACAAUGUGUCCCGGCCUCUAUCUAUACACAGUAUCCUUCAAUGUACAGACAACGUGUCCCGGUCUCUAUCUCUACACAGUAUCCUUCAAUGUAAAGACAACGUGUCCCGACCUCUAUCUAUACACAGUAUCCUUCAAUGUAAAGACAACGUGUCCCGACCUCUAUCUAUACACAGUAUCCUUCAAUGUACAGACAACGUGUCCCGACCUCUAUCUCUACACAGUAUCCUUCAAUGUAAAGACAACGUGUCCCGGCCUCUAUCUAUACACAGUAUCCUUCAAUGUAAAGACAACGUGUCCCGGUCUCUAUCUCUACACAGUAUCCUUCAAUGUACAGACAACGUGUCCCGACCUCUAUCUAUACACAGUAUCCUUCAAUGUAAAGACAACGUGUCCCGACCUCUAUCUAUACACAGUAUCCUUCAAUGUAAAGACAACGUGUCACGGCCUCUAUCUAUACACAGUAUCCUUCAAUGUACAGACAACGUGUCCCGACCUCUAUCUCCUCAGCAUCUACCUAUACACUGUAUUCUUCUUAUUUACCUCCUUCAUUUUGAUCUUGGUUACAAGAGACACAAUAAGUUGA